AGGCAGGCCAGAGAGGACUCUUCCCCCUCCCUCCUUCCCCAUCCCUUCCUGGUCCUCCUGUCCCUCCCCUUUCCCCUCCCCAGCCGGGACCCGCCUGAUCCAAGGACCGGAGCCUGCCUCGGGACCGGUUUUCCCCUCCAUCCCUUGAACAGCACCGGGAGAGAGUAUCAACAGCACGAAAGGAGGAAUCACGCCGAGAAUAAAUAAUCGCCAGCAAUUGACUUAAAUCCCAUCGGAACAGCCGCCAACGGAUCGCCCUUCUUCUCCUCUAUUUUUUUUGGGGGGGGUGGUGGGGGGGGAGAGACAAAAAAACACCUCCGGUGGGCCUGUCGCUAGCCAUCGAUCGAUUGCUUUUUUUUUUUUUCCACAUUUGGGGGGAUUUGCAAACCGAGUUACAUGCAUGUCCAGUGGGGGAAGGUUUAAUUUUGAUGAUGGAGGGUCCUACUGCGGAGGCUGGGAGGACGGCAAGGCUCACGGCCAUGGCAUCUGCACCGGCCCCAAGGGGCAAGGGGAAUACACGGGCUCCUGGAGUCACGGCUUCGAGGUGCUGGGCGUCUACACCUGGCCCAGCGGCAACACCUACCAGGGCACCUGGGCGCAGGGCAAGCGCCACGGCAUCGGCCUGGAGAGUAAGGGCAAGUGGCUGUACAAGGGCGAGUGGACCCACGGAUUUAAGGGACGCUACGGGGUCCGCGAGUGCGCGGCCAACGGGGCCAAGUACGAAGGCACCUGGAGCAAUGGACUGCAGGAUGGUUACGGGACCGAGACCUACUCUGACGGGGGGACGUACCAGGGCCAGUGGGUCGGAGGGAUGCGCCAGGGCUACGGUGUCCGGCAGAGCGUGCCUUAUGGCAUGGCUGCGGUCAUCAGGUCGCCCCUGAGAACGUCCAUCAACUCGCUGCGCAGCGAGCACACCAACGGCACCGCCCUGCACCCGGACUCGUCCCCCGCGGUGGCCGGCAGCCCCGCCGUGUCCCGGGGGGGCUUCGUCCUCAUGGCCCACAGCGACGCCGAGAUCCUCAAGAGCAAGAAGAAGGGAUUGUUCCGGCGCUCGCUGCUGAGCGGACUGAAGCUGCGCAAGUCGGAGUCCAAGAGCUCGCUGGCCAGCCAGCGAAGCAAGCAGAGCUCCUUCCGCAGCGAGGCGGGCAUGAGCACCGUCAGCUCCACCGCCAGCGACAUCAACUCCACCAUCAGCCUGGGGGAGGGCGAGGCGGAGCUGUCCGUCAUCGAGGACGACAUCGACGCCACCACCACCGAGACCUACGUGGGCGAGUGGAAGAACGACAAGAGGUCGGGCUUCGGGCUGAGCCAGCGCUCGGACGGGCUCAAGUACGAGGGGGAGUGGGCCAACAACAAGCGGCAUGGCUACGGGUGCAUGACUUUCCCGGAUGGCACCAAGGAGGAAGGGAAGUACAAGCAGAACAUCUUGGUGAGCGGCAAGCGCAAGAACCUCAUCCCCCUGAGAGCCAGCAAGAUCCGCGAGAAGGUCGACCGGGCUGUGGAGGCGGCCGAGAGGGCGGCCACCAUCGCCAAGCAGAAAGCGGAAAUCGCGGCAUCCAGGACCUCUCACUCUCGGGCCAAGGCGGAGGCCGCCCUCACAGCAGCUCAGAAGGCCCAGGAAGAAGCUCGAAUAGCCAGGAUCACUGCCAAAGAGUUCUCACCUUCCUUCCAGCACAGGGAAAAUGGGCUUGAAUGCCAGAGGCCAAAGCAUCAGAAUUCCAUCGAUGACAUCGAGGUGAUUUCCACAGGGACCCCGCUGCAGCAGGAGAGCCCCGAGCUGUACCGGAAAGGCACGACUCCCUCCGACCUCACCCCGGACGACAGCCCCCUGCAGAGCUUCCCCACCAGCCCCUCGGCCACCCCGCCACCGGCCCCCAGCUCCCGGAACAAGAGCGCCCACUUUUCCCGGCAGAUCUCGGUGGACGAGGAGCGGAGCGGAGACAUCCAGAUGCUGUUGGAGGGCCGGGGCGGGGACUACCCGGGGCGGCCCAACAGCUGGAGCGAGGAGAAGGCGGGGGGGACGCGGGGCGUGCGAAGCGGCACCCUGAGGGGCAGCCAGCCAGGGGGGCCCUUGGACGACUACCGCGGUGGGCGCAGCGUGGGCCAUAAGCACCUGGCCGGGAGCCACCAGGCCCGCGAGAGGUGGACAGACCCUUCCGCCCCGGUCUCAUGGUCCGGCCACCACCGGGCCCCCAACCACGGCUCAGGGAGCACGAGGCUGCUCGAGCUGGACGAGGAGAAGCUGAGCAAUUAUGAGAUGGAGAUGAAGCCCCUCCUGAGGAUGGAUUCGUAUAUGCAAGAGGUCCACGCCCAAAAAAGACACCACAGCAAAGCGGGCACCUGCCGGAGCGUGGCGGAGGACCACCGCUCGGAAGACCGGGGUUUCGGGGUGCAGAGACUGAGGUCCAAGUCCCAGAACAAGGAGAAUUUCAGGCCAGCUGCCUCCGCUGAGCCGACGGUGCAGAAACUGGAAAACCUGAGGUUCGGGGACAAAGCGGAACCCCGGCUUCUGAGGUGGGACUUAACCUUCUCCCCACCGCAGAAAUCCUUACCUGUUGCACUAGAAUCCGACGAGGAAAAUGGAGAGGAGCUCAAGCCCAGUACGGGUUCGGCUCCUAUUCUGGUAGUCAUGGUGAUCUUGCUAAACAUUGGAGUCGCCAUUUUGUUUAUUAACUUUUUCAUCUGACGAGAUUGUCUUGGUAGCAAAAAUAACGGUUCUGUGUACGAACGGGGAAAUAAAAGCAAAACACGAAAAGGGAAAGCUAACAACUCAAACUGUCCAAACGACAACUUCCAAGUCUUUUCACAGAAGAACACCACGAUUGGGUAUCACUCACAGUUUGCCUUUUUUUCUGGGUAAUGUUUUUUGGAUUUUAGCCAAAAUUCUUUGCUUGUAUAACACUAUGCUGUGUGGCAUGGCAGAAGGUGGCCGACACGCCGACCCUCCCAGCUUGACGUGGGAAGAGAAGGGAUCCCGGCAAAUCAAUGGCAAAAAUCAAAUCAGCAUCAUCGUCAUCCCAAGUACAGAGACGGGAGCAAGAGAGGCUGCUAGGGGUUGGAGCAAGAAGUCGAUCGGAACGGAGCCUCAGCAGAAUGGCGGGUCCUGCAGUUGGACGUGAGGCAGCUACUGUGGUGACACCGAGUCGGGGCGGGGAGAAGAGGAGGGAAGAUGGAAACACAGGGAGUCAUAUAUUGUGCCUCUCCUCUCAGCUUUGGAACACGCUGACAGCAAGUACUGGAGGGAGCCUGGGGCAGAUGAGGUAUCUCCUACCCGGGAGCAAUGGGGAUGGGCCUUUUUAAAAGUUGCAAAUGUGUAUUUAGGGAGGGAAAGGGAUAAACACACGCCCCAGCUGAACCCCACUUCCUGCCUCGAAAAGGCCAAUCCCUCACUUAAUCCCCCUCCCCGGCAAAUUCGGGAAUGCAAAUCUAGCAUGGAUGUGGGUGAACGCACCUAAGCGUUAAAUGUUAAAUUGCCUUCGGGCACCCUUCCCCGACCCCCCAGCCCGUCUCCUUCUCCCCCACCACCCCACACACCAGCUACCGAGGAAAGCCUUGCCGCUGCUAGAAGAGAUCAGGAGGUUCGAUGCGGAUUAGUCACCUAAAUGUGAAGCUUGGGGGCUUUGGGCAGGAAAGGAGCGUGGUAGGUGUGUCUGGUACGUCUCGCCAUGGACAGUUUCUGACAUCAUGCUUGGCCUCUGAGCAUGUAAUCUUUUUGCACUUUGUAUGCAGGAUGUAUAUUCAGGCUUCCAUGUCCCUUGUAAGACAUCACUGGCAAAGACAGCCUCUUAAGGAUGUAUUCUUUUCUACAGUAUAUGUCACUUGAUUUCAUCGGUUUUAACAUCCUUUGUAAUAUGCCUGCCUUGAUUUCCCCCACGGAUAGAUAUGCAUAUUCAUUAAAGAUGCAGUAUCCCUGUUCUGAAGCUGUUACGGUCCCAAUAACAGGAACGUGUUUUUAACUCAGUGGCUUGAAAAUUUCCUGAGCUUGUGUUGCAUAUCAAAAGAUAAUAUACGAUAUAUCUGUUGUUCCAGUCAAACAAGAACGGGUUCGGUAUGUUUCUACCUAUUAUAGCAGCUUUGCUCCAUGAUCCAACAAAAAGAAUAGGGCACGACCAAAAUGUUUGACUGCUCCUCUGAUCAGUAGCUAUUGGAGAUACCACCACAGUCACACUGUGUAUCUGUCUAUACUGAGCUAUAGACACAUCCGUAUCCAAAACGCCUAGGCUUCAUGUUCGGGAAAUUCUUUAAAGUUAUUUCACGUGCAAAGUUGUUGGGUGCAGCCCAGAUUUACGGACUCUGCUUUGCUUUGCUUACGUUUAGCUGUUUCUCUGCUACCUUUGAAGCAGAUUUCUUUACUACACUGCACUGGAUUGCUAUAUUUUUAACCAGAAAUAAACUAAAGAUUAGAGCAU